AAGAUAUUUGUAUAGAUGUCUGCCCCAAAGUAACAAAAUAAAUAAAAUAACAACUAUCCCAGCUGUUACCAUUCAUUCAUUCAUUCAUUCAUUCAUUCAUUCAUUUAUUAGUUGGACAUUUUCAACAAUUAAGUCUACCUUCCUUCCCACCUUGGUGCCCCAGAAGAGUCUGGCUGAAUGUAAUUGUUUUUGAUUGAUGGCAUGGAAUGUCAAUGACAGAGAAGCUGGCUUCAUAACCAUCACUUGUUGCAACAUGAGGUGUCAAAUUACACGUUAUGUGCCACGAUCCCUGUGAGCAUGGGAUACCUGAAAGCUGGGAAAUCACUUAUUGAUUAGAAAUGAAAUCUUUCUGCUGCCACGUAUUUAUUUAUUAAGACUUCGAUAUUCUGUGUGACUUCUCACUGACUCCGUCUGUCUCAAAAGUUCAUCAAAAAGUGAAAGACAUAUUUUUGCUGUUAGCAACUACUGGUAGCUUCAGGCAUUCUGCCAAAAUCCAGCUUGUUUUUAAGUGUACAUGUGAUUUAGAAAAUCAGCCCAUUUGAUGUAGAAUUAUGGUGAAACUCUAUCUGUUUGAUUUUCUGUAAUUCUAUCCCAGUGGGUAAAAAUAUUAGCAGGGCUGCUGCCCAGGAGAAACAGUAGAAGCUCUGUUGCUGCUAGAAGCAACACUGGAGUCUUCAAGUGAGUGAAUCCACAGCAAGCUCUCGACCGACAGGCAAGAAAUUAGAGUUUUCAGACAGGGGUAGGAAUGGGCUUGCUGGAUCUGUUCCUGUGGAAUUGUCGAAAGUAGAAUUGCCACAGGGUCAGUGGUUUCGGUGUUGGAGCAGAUUUUGCGGCGGGGUAGAAGAGUGAGUCGGUGUGUACUCUGUCUCCAGUAGCUGCCGUGCUCCGUGACUGAAUAUACCCCCUGCUCUUUAAAGAGGCAGACCACAGGGGGCUGUGCACUUCUGAGGAGUCGGUGCUUUUCCUUCAGCGUACAUCUGACCUCCCCUGGCCAUUAGCCACCCAACAGCUAUGACAGGAAUGUAGGUUGUCACCGGAGCUAUUUUGACUAUGUGGUACCGCUAAUGAUUCUAAUCACCGAGCAGGACCCUUCGCAGUUGCUUUGCUUCUGCUGCUGUUUUUUUUUCUUCACCCAAGCAGGUUUUUGCAAUGUCUUCCUUUCUACUCAAUCUCUGGGAUUAGGGAGUCGGACGCAUGGCUCGCCGGCUCCGCUUGCAUUUUGCGACGAGGAGGAGCAACACUGACCCUUUGUCAGAGAGCUGCGGUGGCCAUGGCGAGGAGAGCGGUCUGGGAGCGUCUCCCCGCGGCCCCGCCGAGAGUCUGGCGCACAGCUCCGUCCACAUGAAGGUGACUCCGGGGCAGCUGGCCCUGGCUUUGCCUCCACUGUCACUGGAGUACGGUAAUUUACAGCGCUACUCGUCCGUAUAUAUACCCAAGGUUAGCGGCUCGGCGAACAAGAAAAGCAUUCUGCAGAUCUCCCUGCAGCCCCGCCGGUUGGGUGGUGAGUCGGAGGGGAGCGCUGGGGAGGAUGGAGAGAAGGCUGACUGCGAGGGCGCUGUGGGGAGUAGCUCAGACGGGGGGUCGAGCGGCAGUAGCACGGCCAGCGACGCUGGUUACUGCAGCAGCAGCAGCAUAUUCGAACCUGAUCUGCCUGAGCGGAAGGCGGUGACGGCUGCUGGGGCACUAGCCAGCGAGCGGAGUGUUCUCCGGCGGAAAGCCCGGGUGCCACUGAGGCGUUGCUCCUCGCUGGUCGUCUUCCCGCGGAGCCCCUGUAAUACGCCGCCAGCCUCUCCCGUCAGCCCCUUAGCCCUGCCCGCGGGGGCCCUGCCACGCGGCUCUUACCAGACCUCUCGCCAGCUCCAGCUGUCUCCCGGCGAUAUAACACAGGAUGACCUGCAAGCGACCUCCAAAGGAUCUGUCGCCACGGCACUCAGCGGCCUGCGGCUGUCCAAGAGCAGCUGCGCGUCAGCUGAGGUCCGAGACGCUAGGCCCAUUGUGCAUUUCAACAUCCCUCAGCCGGAGGGGCCUGAAGAAACAAGCUACGACAGCCAGACACAGGACAAAUCCGGACACAUGGAGCGAACAGAGCGCCACUCCAGUGUACUUCUGCACUUUGCCAACCAGUGGCCGGCACCUUUGACAAUGGAGAAUCCAGGCAAGGCAAUGGUCAAUCUUGGCUUCAGCAACAUCCACGAUGAGUCACCGGAGUCGGUUGACAAGCCUGUACAGGGUACCGUAAAACUUUUCCGCAGUACUUCUGCUUGCUUGCUUCCAACUUCUAAACUAUCAGAGAAGACAAAUCACACGUGGGUAAAUACUGGAGAAACAGUUGAAGAGAAGGGAUGGCAUGCUUUUCAACGGAGCUUUUCUCUGGAAGUACCCUUGGCAAACACAGGGAUUUCUUGCCAUGUUUCCAAACCGGUGCACAGCAGCCAUAAGAAUGGCUCUCCCCAGGUUCACAUAUAUGUGUCACGUGGACCUGGGCUAGAAUCCUCAAAGGAUACGAACAAUGAAAAAAGGGAUCACCUUCAACGCAUCAACGCUGAAGGAAACCCCUUAACACGAGAUGACUUUCUGGGUCAGGUGGAUGUGCCUUUGCACCAAAUACCAACAGAAAAUCCUAACACUGAGAGACCAUACACAUUUAAGGAUUUUCUUCUUCAUCCAAGAAGCCACAAAUCCAGAGUCAAGGGCCAUCUUCGUCUCAAGAUGACGUACCUGCCCAAGGACAGCGGCUCAGAGGAGGACCCUGCUGAACAGAAUGAAGAGCCGGAUCCAGGCUGGGAGUUUCUGGAAAGUCAGGACAUCUGCGGGCCUCGGCAAAACCACCAGCUACCUGCACUGCCCCCUGGCUGGGAGGAGCGGCAGGACAACCUGGGCAGGACCUAUUAUGUCAACCACGAGAGCAGGACCACACAGUGGCAAAGGCCCAUCAUACAGGAUAGCCAGGUGGAGGCAGAGCAGCGUCAGCACAGUCACCUGGAAGCCCAGCGGGCCUUCAUCACCCGCCGGCAGAUUUCGGAGCACGAGGAUACGUCGGGUGAGCGCCACGAGUCGCCCGAGAGCUGGGAGAUCAUCGCCGAGGACGACAACGCCGUGUUCACCGCCAGCAUCGACACGGGUGGAGGCCUGGGCUCCCCUCCGCCGCCACACUCCCCCCUGGAGCUCCACCCCGUCUAUGACCAGCUCAGGCGCCUGAGCACCAGCAGCGCCGCCACACCCAGCGACAGACGCACCUCGCUCACCGCACAGGGCCAUUCGAGCCGCAGAGGAAGUGCCCAGACUCUGACGUCAGAGGAGCAUCCUGUCCACCCGGUGUUGCUGCCCACAUCUCUGGGCCUUCCCCCGGGCUGGGAGGAGAAACAGGAUUCUAAGGGUCGGGUUUACUUCGUCAACCACAACAGCAGAACCACCACAUGGACGCGGCCACUCAUUCAGGUAGACUGCUCUCGCACUCACACUGAUUCUCACUGCAGUGCUGAGCCACACAACAACAGAUGGCAUCCUCUUAUGAGAGCCUAUAUUUGGUCAUCAUGA